AUGUACCCAACUGAUCAAAGGGACAGAGAGGAAUUUCCCAUAGUCACAGCAAAAGGGUUUUACCGCCAGCUGUUCAAUUUUGCAAAAUAUACCCCCACUGAUAGGUUAAUUAUCCGAUAUACUUCACCUCCUACUGUUAGGUUGAUUAUCCGUUAUACUUCACCUCCUACUGUUAGGUUGAUUAUCCGUUAUACUUCACCUCCUACUGUUAGGUUGAUUAUCCGUUAUACUUCACCUCCUACUGUUAGGUUGAUUAUCCGUUAUACUUCACCUCCUACUGUUAGGUUGAUUAUCCGUUAUACUUCACCUCCUACUGUUAGGUUGAUUAUCCGUUAUACUUCACCUCCUACUGUUAGGUUGAUUAUCCGUUAUACUUCACCUCCUACUGUUAGGUUGAUUAUCCGUUAUACUUCACCUCCUACUGUUAGGUUGAUAAUCCGUUAUACUUCACCUCCUACUGUUAGGUUGAUUAUCCGUUAUACUUCACCUCCUACUGUUAGGUUGAUUAUCCGUUAUACUUCACCUCCUACUGUUAGGUUGAUUAUCCGUUAUACUUCACCUCCUACUGUUAGGUUGAUUAUCCGUUAUACUUCACCUCCUACUGAUAGGUUGAUUAUCCGUUAUACUUCACCUCCUAUUGUUAGGUUGAUUAUCCGUUAUACUUCACCUCCUACUGUUAGUACCUGUUGUAUGUCUUAUCCACCGUUUUCUACAUACGGAAAUUACUGUGGUAACCCUGGAAUGUAA